AUGCCGAAAAUAAAGCGAUCGAAGAAUGUAAUUAUUUAUCCGGAAGUAUUUAAAGUGUCAAAUGAAUCUACUACUAACAUUGUUGAAGAUAUUUUAAUAAUUGCUGGUAGUUAUGAAAGAAUAUUAUAUGGUAUUAAUGGAAAUUGGAUAAAAAAAAAUUCCGAGAAGAAAGAAAAUCAAAAAGAGGAACCUUCUUUUUCAUUGUCUUCAUUGUCUUCAUUGUUGAUGAUGAAAUUAAAACCUAUUUUCAUAUUUCCUGCUCACAAUGGAUGUAUUAAAACUGUUUCUGUGGGUGAAAGAUAUUUAGCUUCAGGAAGUACUGAUGAAAUAAUUAAAUUAUAUGAUACCAAAAAGCGCAAAGAAAUCGGUUCGUUAUUACAACAUAACGGAUCAAUAACUACACUCCAAUUUUACAAUAAAACUCAUUUAUUAAGUGGAAGUGAAGAUGGUUGUAUAUGUAUUUGGAGAACAAAAGAUUGGGAAUGUUUAAAAAUUUUAAAAGGUCAUAAAGGUCGAAUAAAUUCUUUAGCUAUUCAUCCUUCGGGAAAAUUAGCUUUAUCAGUUGCUAGCGAUAAAACUUUACGGUUAUGGAACUUGUUAAUUGGUCAGAAAUCAAAAGUCAUUAAACUUGGAAGAGAGGGUGAGGUUAUAUUAUGGAGUUCAUCAGGUGACCAUUAUGCAAUUAUGUUUUCACACGAAAUCGAAAUAUAUGAUACAACGUUUUAUACCCAUGAAACCCGAGGAGAUUUGUUGAUUACAGGAAGCGAAGAUAAGAUCGUGAGGAUUUAUGAUAUUAAACAAGGUGAUUGCAUCGUAAAAUUAUCCAAUCAUAAAAAUCGAAUUAAAGAUAUUUCCUUAAUUCGUUCUUUGCCACCUACUAUUAAUCUUUCAACCCCUCUUACACUUUUGGCAUCCAUUUCGUCGGAUGGUGUUAUUAAUAUUUGGAUCUUGGAUGAAAUUUUGACAAAUAUUAAUAAUAAUAAAAAUCCAGAAGAUUCCAUUAUUGUUACGAAUCCCUUAACAUCAUAUGAUACCAAGAGUAGGUUGACUUGUGUAACCAUGUCACAAAGUUUCGUUACCCCGGACGAAAAUCUAGAUGAUAGUCGGCCCUCUAUACAGUCACAUCCUAAAUAG